ACUGAUUCUUGUGUUUUUAUGUUUUUAUUAAUUUUAUUUUCAAUUGGUUUACAUUUUGAAAUUUAUUCUUAAUUACUUAAUAGGCUAUGCAGAGAAAGAAGUCGUAGCUCUGCAGUAGAGACCCAAAUAAGGAAUUUUAUAGCAGAAGAGGAAAUGGAGAAGAAGAGUUUUACUGCUUAAUGAGCAUAAAGCUGGGAAACUUUAGGGGGUUUUGAAUGCAUGUUAAGUGUUGAAAAUGUGUCUGAUGCCCCACCCACCUGUGACACACUGCCAUCAGUCCAUCCUGUUGUCUCGUGUGGCACAUGUGCUGCUGCGGUGCCGGUGAGCUCUGUGUGCUGCACAGACCCCUCCAUGCUGAACCAGCUGUUCACAGCCCUUGAGCUCUGCUGAAGCUUUUGCAGGAGCAGCUGGGUUAGAAACAGGUGUGUUUUGGUAGGAGAGUUUUUUGGGAGCAACAUGUGAGUUUUUAGUCAGUUGGAUUCCAAGUUCACCAGAAGUGAGGAAGCUGAGCCAGAGAGGCCCAGGUGUGGGUGUGUUGGGCAUGGAUGGAUAUUACUGUUGGUUUAGUGGGAAACCUGAGUCCUACAAAAGCCAGGGGCUUUAAAAAUGGUUACCUUUAAAUGUUUUGAGCUAAAAUUAAAUAAUAGUGAAAGCUCAAGCAGCAUGUUAUAGUAUAAGCUUUUCUUUUAAUAUAACUUCCUAUCUUUGAAACAAAAUGGGAGGAAUGUUGGUGAUUACUCUUGUUGCUCCUCUACUGCUGUCUCACCCUCUUGUGUUACUGGGAUAUGAGAACAUGUGGAGUUUGGAAUGCAGACCAGGCAGCAAAAUGUAGGGGCUGACUUCAGCCUUUGUAUGUUAAUAGCUAUCAUGGGAGAGAAUUCAUCUCCAUUUUGCAAUGUCUAAGUUUAGUGGGAUGGAAGAAUAUCUGACUGACUUGAUGACAAUUUCCUAAUUACUUUUUUCACCAGAAAUGUAGCAUAAGUUUUGUCCACCUUUUGGACAGGAACCAAAGGGCUUGCCAGCCAUGCCAGUCCAUGUCUCUCAGCAUUAGCAAACCAUCUGCUGGGUUCCCAGUGGAUAGAGCUAGGGACUGUGUGCGGCACGGAGUGCUCCUGUAGCAUGGCCAGGAUUGUCCCAACCGAAGGCUGAGAGACUCCUGGACAGCACCCUGCAAGUAAAGGGGAGUUGGUGAGUUACCAAGGAGUUACUUGGGGCUGGGAGUGGGGUAGAAUUGCUUAACAAACUUGUCAGCCGGUGAGUGGAAAGCUGUAUUGGCUGUUAACGUUUCUGGCAUAUUUGUGUGGAAAUGCUUCUUGGCAUGUCUCAGGUAACGAUUGAUCCCAUUCCGUAGAGAACAGGCACCUUCCCUGUUGCUUGUGGACAGUCACGGUGAGGCCAGGGCUGCCCCACAUGCAGUCCUGCAGGGUGACCCUGCUCCUGUGUUUUCCUUGCUGGUGCUCAGCCCCUGUCCCUGAGUUACUCCCAGCAUCAAACCACGUCCCAUACACAGAGUCUGGCAAGUCUGCACCUGUCCUCAGGCAACCACUGACCUGAGCAAGAGAGGGACAAGGUUUGCUGGAGUCUGUUUGGGAAGGGUGAGGGCCGCCUUCCCUGCUGUAAUUAAUUCCCUCUCCCUGAUCUGCCAUUCAUGCAGGGACAGAUUUUUGGGGCUCAGGUCUCACUGCUGCCAUUUCAGGACUUUGUUCUCCUGUCUCUUGCCCAUCCCCUGCUCAGGAGAGCUAUUGUGCUGCUUCACUGGCAUGUUCUGAUGUCCAGUGUUGAACCUGGGGACCUUCUAUAAGCAGUACAUUGCCCUUUCUCCAUCUGCCCUUCAGGGAUGCUGUAGCAGGUGCUUUCUGGUGCUUCUCAACCUUCAUGGGUGUUGGUAAAAGGGAAGGUUGAUGUCUGUAUAUAGUUUGCUCCCUUUGUACCCAGUGGUUGUGACUCCAGCCUUUGGUCCCUUUUUAAGCUAAUCAGAGACUGAAUUAUUUCAUGCUUUCAAAAUCUAAGAUGAUCCUUCUGUGAUGGACAGAUGGGAAAUAAAUGCCAGGGAGUCCAAGUCCCAAGACUAACCCUGGAAAGGUAAGACCAGCCCCAUUUCAGUCAAGAUAAAGAGAUUGUGGGUAUAACAGAAAGUGCCACAGAUACUUGGAAUUAAUUCAUUACUUUUUGAUGGCCCUGUGAUUUCUUCUUAGGUCUGUGCAGGUGGUGAAUGUUACAUCCCAUCCAUCUUCCCACAUUCCCCAGAGUGGCAGGUUCCAGCUCAGUGCCUGUGCCUGGCUCUGGCAAACCUGACUCCUCUGCAUGACUUUAAGGGCUUUGCUGCUGCUUUGAGGUGGAUGCUGACGCACAUACUGGUGCUUUGCUGAAUAAGGCACCCCCAUGGUUUUCCAGAUGUCCCUGUUUUCCCCCCACCCUAUGCUUAUUCUGCUGGAGAGAACAACCAGCUUCUGCUUCCUCAGGUUUUGUACCAUCAUGCUUUGACUUUGCUAAUUUACAAGCUUAGCCUGUUCUAAAUAGCUUAUGUGCUGGAAGGGUUUUUUGGGGUGUCAUGCCUUGUGUUUGGUAUCGCCUGUUCAAAGGUGGUGUCACCAAGCACUCCCUUUACAACAGGGAGUGUGCAUAGGGUGCAGCAGAGCUGGGGAUGUUCAUCUGAGCUGAAUUCAUUCUGAGUAAAAACUGACAAAUCUUCUCUAAGUCAGUGGAGCUCUGCUCUUUAUACAUGAAGCAAGCACAGAUUAAAUUUAGGAUAGUUCAUCUGCUUUUUCCUACUGUGAGACUAAUCCCUGGCAUUAAAGAUCCUCCAGGUAGGUGAGAUGCAUCUGAAGGGUGGCUCAUUGGUUUGAGUCACAUACAGCUGAAGCUUGUGUUGCUGCUGGAGGUUGGAGGAGAAAGUGAAAAGGUGCUUGCUGUGAGAGCGCGUGCCAUCCUGUUCUGGCGUGGAUGCAGCAGAGGCAGGCAGUCUCCAGGCCUACGUCCCACAGUUUGUGUGGCUCUUUGGUUCUGGAACAUCCACACGUGCUGCAUUACCAGUGCAGCAGCUCCUAAAGCUUUACAGGCUGCACCCCCUCCAAGGAGCAAGGGUUGAGUGAUGUGGUCUGGGUUUACAGGGGAGUUGCAGAGAAAUCUGGAAAUAUUCACUGUAAACUUCUGCUCUAUGUUACCUGUCCAGUCGGGAAAAAGGUAGUUAAAGCUCUGCCCAGGGUUAACCUGGUAAAAACUACACUGAGCUGAGGGAAGACAAUCAGUUCCUGUGGGAACUGGCAUUGCUGAAAUGUGCCUCGAGGGCCUCCUAAACACUGUCAGAGAGCUGGUGUCAGUGGGUCCUGUCUUCUCAGCCAUCUCUGUGAGGUUUUUCUAGUCCCCACAAGAAAAUCCUUCUAAGUAUUUUCACCGUUAUCCCAAAGUAUGCUGGUCACAGUCCGGGUACUGCAUACAGCCUGUGGGUUACAUUCCUACUUCUCUGCCUUUCCUUGGAUUUCCCCACUGAAUGCAGAUUCUGCAUCUCAAUCUGAUUUUUUGUUGUGUUUUCCAGAUCCUCUGGCUGGAGUAGACCUGCUAAAUGAGGUGGCUUCUCUGUUCACCUCCAUUUCCUACUACUACUGCAUUUGUCUAAGACAGUGCUUGGAUGUUGUUCCUCACAGGAGCUGAAGAAAUUGUGUUCAGAAAAAGUGAAUUUAAUGAACCUCUUUUGGUUUUGUUACUCUCCCAACCCUUGUCACCCCAGCCUCUCAAAGAAGCAAAAUGUUUUCCUUCCGGCCUGGAAGAAGGAAGGGGAUAUUGUUAAUUCCAGUUCUGUGUCCCUGGGGUGGGACAGCACUCAAAUACUGCCACCAUUCAUGUCCCUGUUACCAGCAUUUUUGUCCUCUUUCUCUCUGGGUCUGAAGUUGGAAGGAUGGAAAUGGUGUCUGGAAGAGAUGGGAGAUGACCUCUAUGUUCCCACUAGGAAAGGCUACUGGCAGUUGGCUGAAUAACCAUCUCUUUUUUCUUCCCAGGCUUCCUUUGCUGCCGUGCUGAGAAAUUGAGUCUGCUCUGCUGGUGGGUUUGCAGCGCUGAGCCCCUGCAUCGUUCAUGUGUCCUGUGUCACUCAGGGCGGUAGGUUCCCUCUUCCACAGGGCUGGAAGCAGAUCAAUUAAAGCCUCAUUAAAGCCCGUUGGAAUAGAACACUUUGGCAGUCUUUAAAAGAAGCUGUAUAAAGCACUGCACCAUUCUCUGCUUAACUCCAUUUUGGGUUCAUUUGAUGCAUUUAAUAGCCAGAACAAACUGGGGGAAUCGGCUGGAAGUGAGGGAAAGCCCUGCAGAAACUACUUGGCACCUCUUCCCUGUGAGUAGAGAGGCUGGAGGGAGGUGCUGCAGAGCUCCCCUCCCUGCCCGCAGCUCCCAGCGCCGCUCGGCCCCGGUAUUGUUGCUGCAGCUGGUGUUGUGAAUCAGGCCGACGACAAGCGCUUCCUACAAUCCGGCUAUUUCACUACACCAGGGUUGCAUCAUACCACUCGCUUCGUUCUUCGCCCGCCUCUGGAGCCCUCCUGUCUCUUCUGGAGCAUCUCUGACCGUGCUGUGUUUAACAGACCCCCCGCUUACGAGGCUGAUUUGCGCUGGUUUGGACAAAUCAGUGUUUUUGACGAAACAACGAGGUUCUACAAUAAAACCAUUUCUGCUAGGUGUGAGUCUGCUGGCGCAUCUGUUGUGAGAGGAAGCUGGUGUCCAGUUUGUGGGGGGUGUUGCAUGAGGGGCUAGGGUGAGACACUUUCCUCGUCCCCACCUCGCCCUUGUCCUCGCUCUCCAGGCUCCGAGGUGCUCUGCAGUGCUGCGAGGGCUGAGCACGGAUGCAGACCAGGCUGCCUGUCCUCAGCUUCCCGGCUAAGCGGGGUGCGCGGGGUUUGGGUGAUCACGGCCGUCUGCCCUCACACAAACAAGGGGGCUGGAGCAAGUCCUCAAAAAUCAGGUCAGAAUUUGUGUGUGAAUGCAAAGACAGCCAGAGGCAGCAGGGCAGGCAGGCCCAAUUUUCCAUUAACUUGCAAAGCUACACGAGCUGAAAUUCCAAUGGGCUGCCCUCGGAUUUUAUUGCCGGCCUUGUUUGCUGUCUUUGCUGAUCUUAUCUGUAACUGCUUUCGGGACACAUGUGACAGGGGCUGCAGGGGUGUAACAGGCGCCCAUCCCUCCCCCUGCCCUCGGCUCUGUGGCUGUGGGGUAUACGGCCACACGGCCUCAGCUCCUGUUUUCUGUGAUGUGAGCAGGAGUUCAAGUGGCUUAUUAACUCAGGGAUGGGGCUGGGGGGAAUUCUGAACCCUGGGUGCUCAGUGGUGCCCUGUCCCUGGGUCAGGAGGGGAAGGGGGCUGUGGGACCAUGGGCAUCUCUGCUGCCUGGUACUGAAAGCUGCCAGCUCCCAGCCCUAGACAAGCACAGACAGACUGCCACUGCUCUGUGUACCCUGGCUUCUCCAGCCCCCUGGAAUCUGAGUCCCAGCAGGGGUAUCCCUCACAUUCCUUGAUGUCACACUCCCCCUUUCCCCAUGGUUUCACUGUGAGAUAAAGUGGCCAUUCCCCUCCCUGCAUCCGGCCCAGCUCAAUGCCGCAGGCGGCAUCUUGGAGACCAGCCAAGAUGAUUUACGAGAUCUGACGGGUCUGGGACAGUAUCCCAGGGAAGGGCGAGGGUGCGUGGGAGUCUUACUCCCUUUUUCCAUAAUAAAUCCCUGUGGGAACUGAAUGUUCCUGGGUUGGGGCCGGAGGCAAACUCAAUGCUGCAUUUCUCUGCUGAUCUGUCCUUGGGACUUAAUCUCAAAUCUGUUAUCGCUGCCCCCAUCGAGCGCUGGGAGGCAGUGAUGCCCAUUACUGCGGUUUUGGUAUCCCUUCCAGCUAUUUUUUUCCCCCUGACCAGCUCGGGGUGGUUCAAGCUGAUUCCUUUCCUCUAUUAGCAUCAGCAGUGGGUGUGUGCCAGUCGCCUCGCUCCAGUUUUGCAGGGUAUAAAGCCGGCAAGCCCCUCUCCACCCCGUCCCCCACCUGGCAGGCACUUGGGCAGGGGCAAUGGCCGAGCUGCCCAUCCCAGAUCUGCCCCCAGCCCACUGCAGUGGCCGCUUCACCAUCAGUACUCUCCUGCCUCCUCUGCCCUGCAUGGAGGAGGGGGACCGGGGUCCCUAUGCACCCACCGAAGGGUCCGGCUGCGACAGCGCCCAGCCCACCCACCUGUCCAGCAGCACCCUCUGCACCAGGACCUUCGGCUACAACACGGUGGACGUGGUGCCUGCCUACGAGCACUACGCCAACAGCAAGGGGGUAGGCGAUCUCAGGAAGGGCAGGCCCUCACUGGCUGACCUGCACUCCAUCCUCAAGCCUGACCCAGGCCGCUUCCGCACGCCAGUGUCUGACCUGCAGCAGAGCAAUGGCCUGCCAGAGGCCGGGCCAGAGGCUGGGCUGGAGGAGGCAGAAGGGGAGCCUGGCAGAGCCUCCAUGCCAGAACCUGUCCGCUUUGGAUGGGUGAAGGGCGUCAUGAUUCGCUGCAUGCUGAACAUUUGGGGAGUUAUCCUCUACUUGCGCUUGCCCUGGAUCACCGCCCAGGCAGGAAUCGCCCUGACAUGGCUCAUCAUCCUCAUGUCCGUGACAGUGACCACCAUAACCGGCUUGUCCAUCUCUGCCAUAUCCACCAAUGGCAAAGUGAAAUCAGGUGGGACCUACUUCCUCAUCUCACGGAGCCUCGGGCCGGAGCUGGGCGGCUCCAUCGGGCUGAUCUUUGCCUUUGCAAAUGCGGUGGCUGUGGCCAUGCACACAGUGGGCUUUGCCGAAACUGUCCGGGACCUGCUGCAGGAGCACAAUUCCCUCAUCGUGGACCCCACCAAUGACAUCCGAAUCAUUGGGGUCAUCACUGUGACAGUGCUGCUGGGCAUCUCCCUGGCUGGCAUGGAGUGGGAGGCCAAGGCACAGAUACUGUUCUUCCUGGUCAUCUUGGUGUCCUUCAUUAACUACCUGGUGGGGACAGUGAUCCCAGCCACCACCGAGAAGCAAGCGAAGGGCUUCUUCAGCUACCGAGCUGAUAUCUUUGCUCAGAACUUUGUGCCCAACUGGCGUGGACCUGAGGGCUCGUUCUUUGGUUUGUUUUCCAUUUUCUUCCCAUCAGCAACUGGCAUCCUGGCUGGGGCCAACAUUUCGGGUGACCUGAAGGAUCCUGCCGUGGCCAUCCCCAAGGGCACGUUGAUGGCCAUCUUCUGGACCACUGUGUCCUACCUGGUUCUUUCUGCUACCAUCGGUGCCUGUGUGGUCCGAGACGCCUCAGGCAGCCUGAAUGACAGCGUGGCCGUGGGCUCACUGGGCUGUGAGGGACUGGCCUGCAGCUUCGGCUGGAACUUCACCUCCUGUGCCCAACAGCAGAGCUGCCGAUAUGGGCUCAGCAACUACUACCAGAGCAUGAGCAUGGUGUCUGGAUUUGGCCCCCUCAUUACAGCAGGGAUCUUCGGCGCUACCCUCUCCUCGGCAUUGGCCUGCCUUGUCUCAGCCCCCAAAGUCUUCCAGUGUCUCUGCAAGGACCAGCUCUACCCUCUCAUUGGCUUCUUCGGGAAGGGCUAUGGGAGGAACAGCGAGCCCAUCCGUGGCUACAUGCUCACUUACAUCAUUGCCAUUGGCUUUAUCCUCAUCGCUGAGCUCAACGCCAUCGCCCCCAUCAUCUCCAACUUCUUCCUCUGCUCUUACGCCCUCAUCAACUUCAGCUGCUUCCACGCCUCCAUCACCAACUCCCCAGGCUGGCGACCCUCCUUUCGGUAUUACAGCAAGUGGGCCGCACUCUUUGGAGCCACUGUCUCAGUGGUGAUCAUGUUCCUGCUGACCUGGUGGGCAGCGCUCAUUGCCUUCGGCAUCGUCAUCUUCCUCCUGGGAUAUGUCCUCUACAAAAAGCCAGGUGUCAACUGGGGCUCCUCCAUGCAAGCCAGCUCCUACAAUAUGGCCCUCAACUACUCCGUGGGGCUGAGUGAAGUGGAUGAGCACAUCAAGAACUACAGACCGCAGUGCCUGGUGCUGACUGGCCCACCCAACUUCCGCCCGGCACUGGUGGAUUUUGUGGGGACCUUCACCAAGAACCUCAGCCUGAUGCUCUGCGGCAACGUGCUGAUUGGACCACGGAAGCAGAAGAUGCCGGAGUCCCGGCUGAUGGCAGAUGGCCACACUAAGUGGCUAAUGAAGAGGAAGAUCAAGGCUUUCUACACGGAUGUGGUGGCUGAGGAUUUGAGAAGUGGUGUCCAAAUGCUCAUCCAGGCUGCUGGCCUCGGGAAGAUGAGACCUAACAUCUUAGUGCUGGGCUACAAGAGGAACUGGCGGACGGCAUCUCCACAGAGCCUGGAGGACUACGUGGGGAUCCUGCACGACGCUUUUGAUUUCAAGUAUGGUGUGUGCUUAAUGCGGAUGAAGGAAGGGCUGAAUGUUUCCCGAGUGCUGCAGGCACAUGUUAACCCCACGUUUGAGGCAGCAGAACACCCCAAGAAUGGCACUGGCAGCAGAGCAGCCCCAGGCACAGUGGACCCCACCACCUUGGCCAGUGAGCAGCAAGCGAGCACCAUCUUCCAGAGCGAGCAGGGCAAGAAGACCAUUGACAUUUACUGGCUCUUUGAUGACGGAGGUCUCACGCUGCUCAUCCCCUACCUCCUGGGGCGCAAGAAGCGGUGGGGAAAGUGCAAAAUCCGGGUGUUCGUUGGUGGACAGAUCAACAGGAUGGACGAGGAGAGGAAGGCGAUUGUCUCUCUGCUGAGCAAGUUCCGCCUCGGCUUCCAUGAGGUCCACAUCCUCCCUGACAUCAACCAGAAACCCCGGCCAGAGCACAUCAAGAGGUUCGAUGAACUCAUCGCUCCCUUCAGGCUGAACGAUGGCUUCAAAGAUGAGGCCACAGUGAAUGAGAUGAGGCAGGGCUGUCCCUGGAAGAUUUCUGAUGAGGAGGUCGAUAAAAACAGAGCCAAGUCGCUCCGACAAGUGAGGCUGAAUGAGAUUUUGCUGGAUUACUCACGGGAUGCAGCACUCAUAGCCAUCACUCCGCCCAUCGGCAGGAAGGGCCGCUGCCCCAGCUCCCUCUACAUGGCCUGGCUCGAGACCCUCUCGCAGGACCUGAGACCCCCUGUCAUCCUCACACGAGGAAACCAAGAGAAUGUGUUAACGUUUUACUGCCAAUAAAACCUCCUGGAUCCCUGA